GAAAAUUUAAAAAAAUUACUAAAAAAUAAAUUCAUAUCAUAUUUUUUCAACAACAUAUUAAAGAAAUAAAAUUAAUUACAAACUUUAAAAGUACUUAUGAAUUCUAAUAAAAUUCCAUAACUAUUUAUCAAUAUAUCUACAAAAAUUGUUAUAAAUUUGACUCUCUUUUCACUCACUUCAUCUGUCAUAUAUAUUCUUUUUAUAAUACAUAUAUAUUUUUGAAUUCUGAAUGUUGAUAUAUUAAUUAUAUAUUUCUAUUAAGUUAUCUAAAUAGAUAAUAAAUAAUUAAUAGAAAAUAAAUCGCUUUGAAUUAGUUUUAAUUAAUAACUUAAUUUAUUUAAAAAUUAUAUUAAAACAAAAGCAUUUUGUAGUUUGGCCAAUGUCGUAUGCUUCUUUUGAACAACAUAUUUUUAGAUCGAGGAAAAUCGAGCGGCCAUCAGAUGAUCUGUUAGACACGUGUCAUUAAAAACAACACAGAACAAAAAUCUACAAUGGAUUUUGAAUUAAUAAUUCUUUUAUGGAAAAAAAGUUGUAAACAAAAUAAUUGAAAUUAUUAUUUCAUUAGAAAGAUGUUUUAUUUCAUCAUAUAUUUAUUUCACAAUAUUUAAGGUUUAUAAAGAUGAAGUUUACAGUAAUAAUGAAAAGAAAGAAAUUACUAUUGUUACGACAAAAUUCUUCCAUUACGAACCUGAUAAAUAUUGAAUAAAAGAAGAAUGACUGUUUCAUAUCAGUAUCAAGUUGCAAACUCUACCAGAGGUGGAUUCACCAGACUCCUUUUUAUGUGGAGAGGUUCACUCUACAAACUUAUCUAUAGAGAAUUACUUUUAUUUCUAAUUUUAUUUGCUGGACUUUCUGCUGUUUACCGUCAUAUAUUAAAUUCUACACAAAAAAGAGAAUUCGAACAGAUCGUUAUUUACUGUGACAAUUUUAUUAAUUUAAUUCCAUUAAGUUUUGUUCUUGGAUUCUAUGUAUCUUAUGUUGCUCAAAGAUGGUGGCAACAAUAUCAAGCAAUACCCUGGCCUGAUAAACUUAUGCAUUUAAUUGCGUUAUAUAUUACUGGAAAUGAUGAAUACGGUCGUACUCUUCGAAGAGCUCUGAUGCGUUAUUUGAAUCUUUCCUUGAUACUUGUGUUACGUUCGAUCAGUUCAGCAGUAAAAAAACGAUUUCCAACACUUGAUCACGUCGUUGAUUCUGAUCACUUUGUAGGUUUUAUGACAUCACUUGAAUUAGAUUUGUUUUUGGCGGUUCCAAGUUUAGAAUUCAACACUUAUUGGAUCCCUUGUACAUGGUUUAUUAAUCUUCUGAAAGAGGCGCGCCAAAAUCAUAGGAUUCCUGAUCCUCAGGGAUUGAAAUUAAUUAUGGAGGAAUUUAAUGAAUUUCGUACAAAAUGUGGCCUCUUAUGGAGUUUCGAUUGGAUAUCAAUUCCAUUAGUUUAUACUCAAGUGGUAACAUUAGCAACAUAUAGUUUUUUUGGAGUAGCUUUAAUUGCUCGCCAAUACAUCGAGGGCAAAGAAAAACAAUUUCAACUACAAAUUGACAUUUAUAUACCUAUUUUUACAAUUCUACAAUUUUUCUUUUUUAUGGGUUUAUUAAAGGUAGCAGAACAAUUAAUUAAUCCUUUUGGUGAUGAUGAUGAAGAUUUUGAAUUAAAUUGGAUAAUUGAUCGUCAUGCCAAAGUAUCAUAUCUGGGAGUAGAUACUCUUAUGAAUAGAUGUCCACCAUUAGUUAAAGAUAUUUAUUUUGAUGCUGAAAAUCUAAUCUUACCAUAUACUGAAGCAGCAGCAGCUUAUAAAAAGAAAACUUAUCGUGGUAGUGUAGCAAAUAUGACAGUUCCUGAGGAAAAACAAACCAUGUUUCUACCAGAUGUUAUAGAAGAAGAAGAAGAAGAUAUAAAAUCCUCACAUCACACAUCAACUAUAAGUUUAGCUAAUGAUAGUCCAUUAUGUGAAAAACGCCAGAUUAGCCAACACUCUGAAACACCUACGACAAUUGAUCAAACUUAUUCUGAAACAAUUUUACAAUUUGAUAUUCAAGAACCGGUCCAAGUUAAUCAAACAGAACAACGGAAAAAAAUUAUAACAGAAACCAUGAAGAAAUUUUCAUCCCUAGGAAAGCAUUCGAUAUCACGAAUCGAUACAAACCGAAAACCACUUUUUAUGUUAACAAAAAGUCCGAAAGUUGUUAUACAACCUUGGUCAAGUACAUCCAAUUUAUCAAAAUUUACGAAAGAAAUUAUAGAUACACCUAUCGUAUACACAACCAAAAUAAAUCCAUGGAAAGAAACAUCAAAUAUUGUGCAAUCAUUUUCAUUUGAAGCUUCAGAAUGUUCUCAAGAAGAAAAACGAUUUAAUUUCGAAAAUGUAUAUUCGUCUGAUAAUAUUAAUACAAAUCCCAAUGAUAGCUCUCAUUCAGAUACAUGUCAAAUACAAUGCCAUCAUACAAUGUAUCAUUUAACACUGCCAGAAACACCUUUAUCAACUUCGAUAAGAGCAACAGUGCCAAAAAAUAAGAAUCCCAAAUUUCUUGUAAAAAGACAUAGAUCAAUGAGAUUAGGUAAAAAAAAAGGUAUUCAAUGGAAAAAAAUUGUGAAAAUGAAUAAAAAAAUUACAACAGAUAACAUAUCAAUGAUUGAAAAAUCAUUGCCAUGUUCAAGAAGCUCACCAAAUUUGAAGUUAGAAGAAAUUCCACAAAAUCUAAAAAAUAAUAUAUCUGAUGAUGAUACAAGCUCUUCAUGUAAAGAAGAAUAAAUUUUAAAAUUGCAAUUAUAUAUAUAUGUAAUAUUUGUUAAAGAAUGUAUAAUAUUAUGUAAAAGUAUUUAUUAUUAUAAAAUAUUAUAAAAGUAA